AUGGGUCGAGAACCUGAGUUUGACAGGAGGAUGAUCAGGACUUCCUCAAGACCUGUUGUUAAAGGUAUCAUUUCCCCGCAACAAGCAUUCAGGUUUGCUGCUAUGACGGGCUCCAUUGGAUCUGCGAUCUUGUACUUUGGUGUUAAUCCAGUGGUAGCAGCCUUGGGACUCUCCAACAUUGUUCUAUAUGGAUGGUGUUAUACAUCGCUCAAGCGUAAAUCCAUCUUGAAUACGUGGGUUGGUGCUAUCGUUGGAGCAAUUCCUCCGUUAAUGGGCUGGGCAGCAUCGUCAUCCCUACUACACCCUGGAGCAUGGUGUCUCGCCUCCUUGCUUUAUGCAUGGCAAUUCCCACAUUUCAAUGCUCUUUCUCACAACAUCGCUGCUCAAUACAAACAAGCAGGAUACAUCAUGACGGCAGCGGAAAACCCAAGACUAAAUGCGAGGAAGCAUAAAGUUGAACUUGCUCAAGUUAUUGAAAAGUUCAUUGGUCUGAAAUCUGGGCCUACUGGUGAUUAUCUGCCAUCAGCUGUUACCCAUGUUAUGACGCAAGACCAAGAAUUUUUACCGAUUCAUCAAACUAACUCUACUGAUGAUGCUGAAGAUGAAGAGUAUAUCCCAGGCGAAACCGAAUCUGACACAGACAAUGAGGACGAUGAGAUGUCGGAUGCCGAACAAACUCUUGACAAAGCUGAAUUACGAGAAGAUGCCGUUUAUCUCCGAGACGCUGCAUCUGACUCUGAAUCAUCAGAGCUUGAUGUUGAUGAAUCUUAUCCGUAUGAUAGACUUACGAACAAGAAGCCGCGUCGUGACCUCUCAUCGGACCCCCCUACCGACGCUCCAAUUUUGGGAUAUGAUUUGGAUGCUAAGUUGCCAUCCCACCAAACUGGUUUGGAGACUCCUUCUUCGACCCCGAGUUCAUCUCAGCAAGGGGAGACACCUACGGAUGAAGGGGAGACUACUCUGACCACUACUGGGCCGACCGGGCUGCCUUCAUCGCCGGAACCCAGUACUGCUGCACUUGCUCCUGUGUUAGCACCUGAUGAUUUUAAGUUUGGUUUCGAUAUGAAAAAGGUGGAUGCAACACCCUUGCCUGACACCCCUCCGGCUGCGACCAAACCCUCCGAGCCGCCAUCUCGACGCAAUCCCACCAGAGGUACCACCAGAGGUCUUAUGGCUGGUCACUACAAGGAUUUGCAUACUGGCAAACCCAGAGGUAAAACUCUGUCUACUCCCUCGACAAUUCCGCCCCUGUCGGACUCUUCUGAUCAACUGGCCAUUAUCAAGGGGAGAAAUGAUACCGACACUGAGAAUGAAUCUGAUUCUCAUUCUCAAUCCGAGACUUCAUCCGAAUCUCAAGAACUCGAAUCCACAAAUUCUUCUGGAACACCGGCACUGACGAUUCUUAACCUGAAACGCAAAUUCUCGAAGAUCACGCGAUUGGUGGUUGCGACUGAUCCAGAAUACUCGAAUCAUUUACGACCUGACACAUUACAGAGAUGUCUCAGAGUUCGCAACGUCAGUAAUCGGUUAAUCGAUAAUACCCACUCGAAACUAUUGGAUAGCAAAUUGAAGACUCUGCAAGACAAUGUUGUCAUCGACACGGAAGAAACUCUUCAUGCUGCUGAAACUGAUAAUGAUACUACCUACCCUUACAACUACAAACAAGCAAUGAGAACUGCGGAGCGAAUUGAUUUUGAGGAGACCUAUGCUCCCGUCAUUAAAUACGCAAGUGUGCGUUUGUUUGUCGCUAUUGCUGCCGCUAAGACGUUAUCCAUUCAUCAGAUGGAUGUUAAGACCGCUUUCCUCAACGGAGAACUUAAGGAAGAGAUCUAUAUGGAACAACCAGAAGGUUUCAAAGAUCCUCGCUUUCCUAAUCACGUUCUAAAAUUGCACAAAGCUGUGUAUGGUUUGAAACAGGCACCGCUUGUCUGGAACGAGAAUAUCAACAAGUUUCUCCAAACACUAGGUUUCACUAGAAGUGAGUUGGAACCUUGCUUGUACUUCAUUCACAAGAAUGGUAAACUUACACUUCUUGGUCUCUAUGUGGACGACAUCCUCCUUCUGAGUGAGGAUCCUAAGACUAUCAAGGAUGUGAAAGCUGCUAUUUUCAAGAAGUAUAAAGUGAAAGAUAUGGGUAUCGCUAAGAAGUACUUGAACAUUGAUCUUUGUUAUGAGCUGACUGGAAUUGUGAUGAAUCUCAAGUCUUAUAUUGGGAAAAUGCUUGACAAGUUUGGAUUAAACAGCAUCAAACCUAAAGGAUUACCGCUCAGUCAAGAACUGGAGAGGUUUCUUGCUCCAACUGUUGAAGACCGUCACUCUGUCGAUUUAGAGAAUGAACCAGAUGCCAAAGACCCAGCUCGAUACAGACAAAUGAUAGGUACAUUUGUUCACGCUUCCAACACCGUGCGUGCUGACAUUGCCUAUGUUACUUCAUUGUUAGCCAAAUACCUGAAGAACCCCAAAGAGAGACACAUGAAAAUUGCCAUGAAUGUGUUUGCGUAUCUCAAAGGAACUAUCAAUCUCGGUUUACAUUACAAGUUCAAAACGCAACCCCAAGUUCACUGCCAUGUUGAUGCUAGUUGGAGAACAGCAAAUGCUCAGUCUGCCAGGGUUUACUUUUUCAAUGGAGCCCCCAUUUUAUGGUCAUCAAAGAAACAAACUACUGUUGCAACGAGUACUCAGGUUGCUGAACUCACCGCUAUUUACUCAGCUGUCUUUGAAGCUGAAUGGCUUAAGGAACUUACUAAAGAGUUGAAAUUUCAACAGGAGACUAUUACUAUAUGGAAUGACAACAGUGCCGCCUUGUCUGUCAUACGAGGAACUGGAUCUAUUUCCCCGCUGCAUUACAACCGCACGGUUGACAGGCAUUUGAGCUAUGUGAGACAGGCUGUCCACGCGAAGAUUGUGGAGGUCCUGUAUAUUAAGUCCGCAUUGAACCAUGCUGAUCCUCUCACUAAGGCAUUGAGUGAAGUUCUUAUCAAGAAACACCUAGAAGGUUUAGGGAUGAAAUUGAGUACCCAGAAGAGCUAG